CAAUGUGGUGUGCAGCGUCAACGUGCAGUACAUGUGGCCAGGACUUGUUUGAUUUCGCUUGUUGUUUGGUCAGAAGUUCACUGGCAGAUUUCCAAUCCACUGAUUUAUUAGUUUGGUCGGUACAUGGUGGAGAAGGUGAAGGUCGAAGAGUAGUUCGUCCGUGGACGUCAUGGGACGCGAGAGGAAGAAGGGGCAGAGUGGGGCAGCCGUUGCCUACAUCUCCAGGAAUCAAGCACUAAAAAAACUUCAGCUUACAUUACCUGAUUUCAGGCGACUAUGUAUACUAAAAGGUAUAUUUCCGGUCGAGCCGAAGCACAAGAAGAAGGUUGGUGGUGCAGGAAAGACCUACUACCUAACCAAGGACAUACAGUUUCUUGCACAUGAACCUGUCCUUGCCAAGAUGCGCAACUUCAAAGUGUUUGUAAAGCGACUGCGCAGAGCUAUGGGCCGUGAUGACUUAGAGCAAGCUGAGAGACUGUCGUCCAAUGAGCCAGUGAUGCCCUUGGAUCACAUCGUCCGUGAGCGCUACCCUACGUUUGUGGAUGCACUCCGUGACAUGGAUGACUGCUUGUCAAUGGUCUUUCUUUUCGCCACACUGCCACAGGAGAACCGUGUCAAGCGGAAAGUUGUACAGAAAUGUCGUCGUCUAUCAGUGGAAUUCAUGCAUUACGUUAUGGCUUCCAAUCGGCUCCGCAAGGUCUUCAUCUCUAUCAAGGGCAUAUACUAUCAAGUAGAAAUCCAGGGUGAAACGAUCACAUGGGUUGUACCACAUCAGUUUGCCCAGCAUACGCCAAGUGACAUUGACUUCCGGAUCAUGUUGACAUUUUUGGAGUUGUACACCACUCUGCUGGGUUUUAUCAACUACCACCUCUUCACAUCGCUGAACUUACACUAUCCACCUAUGUUAUCUGAAUUCCCACCAACAGAAGAUGGAGAAGGAGCAGAGAAUGACGAGGUGUUUGAAUCUCUGGCACAUCAGCUGGCUACUCUUCCCAAGACUGCUCUGGAGACCGAGGAGGCAGAACAAGAUGAGGAGUUGGCCCAGCUAGUUGAUGCCGACUUAAAUGCUGAUGAGCAAGCGCAGCGUGAUGCAACGCGUAAGCAGGAGGAGGAAGUCGAGAAGGCCCGUGGAUUGUUCUCACACUGUCGCUUCUUUCUUGGCAGAGAGGUUCCACGGGAGCCACUGGUUUUCAUCAUUAGGUGCUUUGGCGGGACGGUGUCCUGGUCCUCGACUCAGGCUGCGGGUGCAACUUACCAGGAGGAUGAUGACACUGUAACACAUCAUAUUGUUGAUAGACCAAAACAGAUGCAUCGCUACCUUUCAAGGUACUAUCUACAGCCACAGUGGGUGUUUGACUGCAUCAAUGCCAAGAGACUGCUGCCAGUGGACCAGUAUCUUGCCGGUGCUAAUCUUCCACCUCAUCUCUCACCAUUCGUUGAAGCCGCGGAGGGAGAGUACAUACCUCCAGAGCAAGUGGAGAGGAUGGAAGAGGAGGGUGAGGAGAUUCCUGUUAUGGAGCUUGAGCCAGCCAGAAAAUCUAAGAAGAGAAAGGCUAUGGAAGAGGAGGAAGAGACUAUGAAAGAAGAGCUUCACAGUGGUGCUGGAGAGGCACUGAUUCGACCUGGUGUAGUGGAGAAACCGGAAGAUCCCAACAAACUUGCUAAGAAGCAAGCUGAGGAAGAGAAACGCCUUGCAAUCAUGGCUAUGCCCAAGAAGAAGAAGAGACUCUAUGGCAAGAUCAUGCAGUCAAGACAGAAGAAGUCCACAGAGGUUCGGAAGUUGAAGCAGCGUCGCGAGGUGCUAGAGCAGCAGAAAGGCAAGAAGGCAAAAGCUAAGUAGAUGGCAGCACAGCAAGAGGGACAGGGAAUCUGCGCAUGGAAACAAACGCAGGGUUCGGAGCUGGAAGACGAUUCACAAUGUACAUACAAUAAUUAGCAUAAGAGCAGCAGCAGCAUGUGCUGUGCAUGCUGCUGUCCUAACAAUAUUUUCAUGCAAGUAGACUGACUGUGAGAAGGGAGGUGUGCUGUCAUUUUUAAUGUUUUCCUAUCCAUACUUCUCGUCUUCUAUGCUGCUACUAUUAGUAUCAUAAAAAAGUACAUUGUAAAUAGAUCAUGAAAGAUAACAAGAUCCUGCUUGAACUGGUA